GUAAGCACAAACCACAGAUGAAUUAUGAAGAAGAAACAACUGAAUUUAUGCCGAUAAAGCGAAGAGCAACCUAUGACUAUACACUGUGAAGUAGUUCAGUGCACUGUCAGUGCUGUUGAAGUAAAACUAAAGUUGGAGCUAUCAUUUCCACAACAGAAUCCACCGUGCCUUACUUGAUAUAAUGGCAACCAGACUACCGCUGAUCGAGGAGGACCUUUCCUGUCCGAUCUGCUGUGACAUAUUCAAAGACCCUGUCGUAUUAAAGUGCAGUCACAGUUUCUGUGCCGCUUGCUUGCAUCAGUACUGGGACCAGAAGCACGCAGCUAGAGACUGCCCUCUCUGUCGAACGGAGUCCCUGGACGAACCAGUAGCCAGUCUCACCCUGAAAAAUCUUUGUGACUCCUUGAUUGAGGAAGGCAUCUCCAUGCCGCCGGCCACUCGCGAGGCAUGUGAGCCAGGGGAGCUAUGCCGACAGCAUGGAGAGCGACUAAAACUCUUCUGCUUGCUCGACCGAGAGCCCAUCUGCGUUGUCUGUCACACUUCAAGAAAACACAAAAACCACGAGUGUUGUCCUGUGGAAGAGGCGGUAGUUGACGUAAAGGAGGAGAUGAUGGCUGCUCUCAACACACUACAUGAGAAGUGGGAGGUGUUUGACAAAAUGAAACUUAGCUUUGAAAGCACAGCCGAACACAUACAGGCCCAGGCCCAGCAAACAGCCACGAGCGUCCAGGAGGAGUUUGAGAAGCUGCAUCACUUCCUUCGCGUGGAGGAGGCGACGCGCCUCGCAGCGCUGAAGAGAGAGGAGGAGAGGAAGAGUCAGCAGAUGAGCGAGAAGGUAGAGGAGGUUGCCCGCAACAUGACGGCCCUCUCAGAGACCAUUCGGGCCAUCGAAGAGGAGAUGGAGAUGGAAAACCUAACCAUCCUUCAUAAAUGCAAGACAACAUUACUGAGGGCCCAGUGCACUUUUCCAGAGCCAACCAUGAACCAAGGGGCACUCAUCAAUGUAGCCCGCUAUCUUGGCUCACUCAAGUUCAGGGUCUGGGAGAAGAUGCUUGGUGUGGUCAAAUACACUACAGUAACUCUGGACCCCAACACAGCUGCGCCGUGGCUCAUCCUCUCCGACAGCCUGACCAGCGUGAGGGACGGCGAGGACCGGAAGCCAUUGCCCGACAACCCCGAGCGCUUCUGCCCGGACACGGCCGUGCUGGGCUGUGAGGGGUUCAGCUCGGGCCGCCACUGCUGGGACGUGGAGGUGGGCGAGAACACAGCCUGGGUGCUGGGCGUGGCCAAGGAGUGGGUGCAGCGCAAGGAGAAGGUGUCGUCGGUGCUGAAGAACGGCUACCUGUCGGUGUACUAUUACCACAAGAUGUACUUCGCUGGCACGUCCCCCCUGACUCGUCUGAACCUGAAGAAGAGGCCCCAGAGGGUGCGCGUGGUGCUGGACUACGACAAGGGCCGGGUGGCUUUCUCGGACGCAGCAGAUGGGACGGCUAUCUACACCUUCAAGCACAGCUUCGCUGAGAAGGUCUACCCUUACUUCUGGGUGGGCUGUAAGCUAUGCCCACUCAAAAUAGAGCCAAGAGAGUUGUGUGUGACCUCAGUGGAUCACAUGUGACAUGUGGCGUAGUGCAGGUCACAUAUGAAAUUCAGAAACCAUAAGUGCGCUCUUUAAGAACUUUAAUGCCUUAAGACACUUUGCACAUUUAUGAAAGUUAAUAUUUUUUUAUCCUGUUUACGGCCUGUGUUCUACCUAUCCUGUGCCAAACAAAAUCAUAACCAAAAAGUAAUUAAUUGCAUUCUGUAAGUACAAUGUAACGCAAUAAAUUAUGUGUAUGCAAAGUUGCAUGCAGAUGUAUGUAGUCAAGUUUGAGAAGCUGCAUUUUGUGUCUGUGAGCGAGAUUGUAUGUGUGUGGGGUGUUCUCUCAGGUACCAGUCACACAGAAAAUGUUAGUGUUCUUCAUCCAGUAUACCAUGACAACAAAUGAAGCUUUAUAUUCCAUGCAGCAAGUCUUGUAUUUACAAACCAAAGACAUAUGGGGCUUUUUACAUGACACAAUUCAUUAUAUUUACAAAUGACUGUAAAACAAUAACAUCUUUUAAAAAUAUAAUAAAAUUUAGGACUUUGAGCUGAAGCUGAGUUUUACAUGAA